UUUUAUUAAAACUUUAUUUUUAUCAUUUUUGUAACGCGAAACUCUAUUUUUUUCUCUUUUUUCCUAGAAAUUAUCUAAAUAUGAAUGAUGAUUUAAUAAAAUAUAAUGAUGAUGAAACUGUUAAUGUACCCUUUGGGCGUGUCGCUGAAUGGUACAUUUCCAAACAUCCUUUACUAAAAAAUAUCAAAUUAAAAUGCCAAAGUAGAAAAAAAACUCCAGAACUUAUUAAAGAAAAUAUUAUAACUGUUGAUCGUGUUGAGGGAGCUGUAGAUUAUAUUGAAUGGAGAACCAAUAAAGGAGAAACUAAAUCUACUAAUAGAAUAGAUGACAUUGUACAUCUAACACCUAUGGGAGAAGAGUAUGUUAAAGAGAUUGAAGCUGGUAAAAGAAAGGACAGGUUAUGUUGGUCCUGGACUAUGUAUUGUGCUGGGGGGAAUAGCUGUCAGAGGGAAUGCGGAAAUAUUGGUAGUUGUAAAGAGAAUUGUGCAAAUCGUAAUUUUCCAAAUAAUAUUAAAAACAGUCAUGAUAUGCAUCUUUGCAAAGUGCGUGUUAUAUCAGAAUCUAAAUUAUCAUGGUUAAAAACAAGCAAACCACUACGUAUUAAAAUAAUUGGAUCUCAUUUACCAGCAAAUGCAUUAAAUACUCAUAUUCCUAAUAGUUCCAAACUGAACCUUACAAGAGAAAUACGGGAUAAAAUUAUUUUAAAUAGAAGAUCCGAUUAUAAAACAGUAAAAGAAAUUAAAAUGACAUUACUUGCACCUUAUAAUGGUGCAAAUGAAGAAACAUUACGAAAUGUGUUAAAUGAACAACGUGAAAUUUGUAAUGAUACUAAAUUACGGGGAUUUAUUAAAAGAGAUGAUAGACGACUAAAAGAAAAUUCCGGAAGCUGGACAAUUUUACACUAUUUAGUUACGGAAAUUCUUAAAUUAAAGGGUUAUGUACUUUAUUACCAGCAGCCGGAUCCAUUAGCACCGGAAGAUCAUCCAGAUCACUAUUAUCAAUUGACUUUAUCAAAUGAUUUAUGGUUAAAAAAUGGUCAAAAAUUUGGAAAUUUUUGCAUAGGAUUGGAUGGUAAAUAUGAUCUAAAUAAUGAUCAUGCUCCAAUCUUAACAAUGAUAGUUGAAAAUAAUACAGGGUGUGCUACACCAUUGGCUUUUGGUUUAAGCAACAAAGAAAAUAAUUGGACUAUUCGAUUAGCUAUUCAAGCAAUCAAGCAAAAUAUUCCCUGUAGUCGUAGUGAAUGUAACCAUGAAUGGUAUUACCAAGAUUUACCAUCCGGAAAGGGGUUUGAAAGGAUUAGUAAUUGUGCAAAUAUACAAUUAUGGAAUCCACUAGCCAUGAUUGACAAACAUCGUCCAUCGAGAAUUGAUAUACAAAGUUUAUUACGUGGAUCGAUACUUUGUUGUUAUCCAUUAGCAAUAGCGUUCAAGAUUGUAGGAAGAAGUAGAAGUGUCAAACAAUGUGAAGAAUUAGCUAUUGAAUACAAGAAAUUCAUGGAUUUGGCUAAUAAUGUAAAACAAAAAAUUAUAAAUGAUAUUUAUAAUAAUUGGAUUAGUGAUGAGUGGAUACUUGGUUUUAUCGAUGCUGGAAGACUUCCUCAAACUUUACAGGAUAAUCCAAUGACAACUAAUAACUUCACAGAGAGGAUGAAUCGAUCAAUUGAGACAAAUCAUAGCGGAAUUAAAACUGUUGUAAAUUUUGUUGAAAGAUUAUAUGGACUAAAAUUAAAUAGAGAAAAUAUUACUGAAAGGUCUGGAGAAACAAAUUUUGAAGCUGGUUUAAGUACUUUAUUUGAUGCUCAAUCUAUCGAGCAAGAAAACCAAUCAAAACAUAUUUCUUCAGACAAGUUAAGACGACUUAAUUUGGGUAGACUCUAUUUCUUGAUGGGAUACGUAAAAUCAUCAAAUAACAACAAUUAUUUUUAUGUAAAAAAACAUAAUCAAUUAAAUGUAUUAGAAUCAUCAUACGAUGGAAGUUUUGUGAAAAUGGAUGAUAAUAUUAUUGAAAAGUUGUAUCCACUUUAUCAAAAAUUUGCAAAGAAUCAUUAUAGUGUAGUUCCUGAACUAGAAGGAUAUUAUUUAACAAAUAUUUUUAGCGGAGAAUGUUUAAUAUGCCUAGAUUAUAUUUGGAAUGGGUCUUUUCGGGAUGUGUGUAAGCACUGUCAUGCAGCAAGAAUAUAUAAAGAAUCAUUAAAUGCAGAGAAUCUUUUUGAUUAUUCGCAAGAAGUUAAAAAUCAAUUGGUGACAUAUUUUAAGAAUAAGGAACGCGUUAUUUCUGCAGAAAAUAAAAACAAGUUAAUUUAUGAAGGAGAUACUCAUGUGGCUUAUAAUGAAAUUUUAAGAUUAUUUGAACUUCAAGGCACCAAGAUCUUUUGGCCAGAUAAUAAACCAUUGAAAUUAAAUAGAGAUCCUUUUCGUCCAGAAUUAAACAAUAAGCGUGAUUUUAAUGCUAUUGGAGCUCCGCCGAAACCUUCUGCUAAACCGCGCAAACCAUCACGAAUUUUAUGUAAUUCUAUUUUAGAAGAAGAUAAGGAAAAUAAGGAAACCUUUUCAACUCAGCAAAGAAAAACAAAACGAACUAGAAGACAAAUUCGUACAUAUAAGGAAAAUACUAAGGAUAACGGAAAUAACAAGAAUAAUGAAAAUAAUUUGGGACCAUCCGUACCUGAUGUUAAUUUACCUGCUUCGUAUAACAUCAAAUUUGAUUUGAAUCCAUCUUUUAAUUCACAACCAACUCUUCAACCUACUCUUUAUAAUAUUCCUUAUUAUACAAACACCAAUACUUCGCUCCCUACUUCAAUUUAUUCACAAUCUACAUUCUCUUCAACUAAUGCGAUUCCUAAUAGUAAUUAUACCUCUUUCAAUAUUCCUCAAGAUCAAUUGGCCUAUAGUUAUCCUUCGAUUCCAAAUGAUCUUGGUCAAUUUUCCUACAAUAAUCAAAUUGAGUUAUCCAAUUCUUAUUCUUAUUCAUUUAAUCAAGCUCCUGAUAACAACUUUUCUGAUAACAACACGUUUUCUCAAAAGCACUUUUAGUAAUCUUGUAACUUACUUUUACUCAUCAUUUAAUGAAAUAAAUCUAUUUCUUAUUUUUCGAAGCCUUUAAUUUUAUAUUUUGCGUUCCUAACAUAGUGGAAUUUACAAAAACGUUGCAUUCUUGCCCAAAAGAAUAUAAAGUUUUCGUUAUAAAUGUAAAAAAAAAGUAUAUAAUUAUACGUUUCGUUGUAAAUGUUGUAUUCUGUACUUAAAAAAUUGUAUAAAUAGCCUUUCAUUAUAAAAAGCCUAAGCAUAAUUUUAAAUACUUUCAUGCCAAAAAUGUCAAAAUUGUGAAAUUAAAAUUU